AUGGUAGGAAAUGAUACUUUAAAAUCCAUCAUACAGUCAUAUAAGCACGAAACAAUACACCCAGAGGUACUAAGGAAUGGGAAAAUAUCUAAGCAAGGCAACAGUAAGGUAAUAAAGAGCAAGUCAAAAUGCACAUCAAAUACUUAUAAAGAUUUGGCGCCAUCCUUAUCAAAUAAUUUGACUAUUUUGUUUAUAGGAUAUAAUCCUGGAAUAGAAUCAUCUUUAAAGCAACAUCAUUAUGCACAUUUUACGAACCUAUUCUGGAAACUAUUCAACCAAAGUAAAUUGCUACUCCAGGUAUUAGAGGUGAAUAAUUAUGACUUAGCGAAGUAUUUAAAUUCUGAAGAUUUGCUUAGCAAGUUGGUAACUGAGGAUCAAUAUGGAGAACUUUGCACUAAUGUGUUGCCUGAACAUGAUUUUGAACUCGUCAAGUAUAAUAUUGGAUUUACCGAUUUGGUUUUAAGAUGUACUCGAUCUGCUGAAGAGUUGUCAUUGUCAGAAAAGCUUUCGAACGUGCCCAGAUUACUAGAAGAAUUUAAAAAUUCGUCACUGAAAUAUUUAGUCUUUGUUGGGAAGGGAAUUUGGGAAAUUGUAGUAACAUAUUUUUGUAAAUCCCUAGGUAUUAAAAAAUUAAAGUUGACCAAGACAAAUUUUAUUUGGGGGAUACAAACCAAAAGCAUGGAUGAACAUUACAAUGAGGUACUAAAGGAGCUCCAUCAGACUGUGGGUCAUUACUUUACAAUAUAUGUUUUCCCUAAUACUUCUGGCUUAGUAACGACUUUGAAGUAUAGUGAAAAAUUAAAACUAUGGACAGAUCUUAGUAACGAUAUUUUGAAUUGUAAUCGCAAUUAG